UGAAAAUGGCCCAACCUGCCUCCCACUCUCCCACGAGUGAUCCUUGACCUACUCCCCUUCCCCCGCACGCUCGCAGUAGAACGGCGCCGCAUCCCGACUCCCGCAAUCCCACUUCGACUGACGACUUGGCGGCGACGGCAAGCGUCGAACGGCGACCGGCGGCGGGGCAAAUCCCAGCUCCCUACAGGCUACAGGGCUGCAGCCUUGCGCCAUCGUCGAGUCCAGGCAACAUCGGCAACUAACUCUAUCGGCAACCCCUCACAACCCUCACCGCUGCUGGCUGCUCCACCCCGCAGUCGCCAUGGGUAAAUUCCGCAAGCUCGGCCGCGGUUACUCCCACCGUCUCUCCAUGCUCAGGACAAUGGUGUCGCAGCUGGUGAAGCACGAGCGCAUCGAAACCACUGUUGCCAAGGCGAAGGAGGUCCGGCGGAAGGCGGAUCAGAUGGUGCAGCUAGGGAAGGAGGGUACUGAGCAUGCAGCAAGACGUGCUGCUGCCUUUGUUCGGGGUGAUGACGUCGUUCAUAAGCUAUUCACUGAGCUGGCCUACCGCUACAGAGAUCGAGCUGGUGGAUACACAAGAAUGUUAAGAACCAGGAUACGUGUUGGCGAUGCUGCGCCAAUGGCAUACAUCGAGUUUGUGGACAGGGAGAAUGAGCUUCGAGAGGCCAAACCUGCAACACCGCCGCCGCCUCAACGAGUCCCUCUUGAUCCAUGGACCAAGUCACGUGCUAGCCAACAGUGGGCAGGACCUAAAAUCACCAAGACCUCGGAAUCAGACGGCUUAUGAGCUAGUGUAUCUAUGUUCCAUAAAAAGUUUCAGUUAUUUUGCUUAAGUAGCAGGAGCUUUUUCAUUUACUGGAGAUAACUGCCGAUAGAAUAAUUUAAACUUUAUUAUCAUAUUGUAUGCUUCUAAUUCGCCAAUUGAAGAUUGUAAGGCUGUCCACACAGGAAGUUUGGAACGAGAGAGAUGUAUCUCUGUUUUGCUUAUUGCAGUUGGAAUUGUAACAGAUGGAUUCAAGUCUAUGGAUUUAGAUGGUGUACAAGUGUACUGGAUCAAGGAUUUGCUAUUCCAGCUUCCUCCUUCCA